AUGUUUAGAGUAUUAAAUAGAUCUACAUUAGUAGGAUCUAGAAAUUUGUUGUUGAAUCAAAGAUCCACCACUUCAUCUUUCAUUUCUAGAAAUUAUUGUUCAACAACUACUACUACCACUGAAAAUAAUAAUAAUAAUAGCAAUAACAACAAUGAAAAUGGAAAUAAUAAUAAAAAUAGCCAAAAGAAAAAGAAGAGAGGAUUAUUGUUUUGGGGUGGUGCAGCAGCCACUGCUGUUGCCUCGCUUACAUUGUUGGAUCUCUUGGUGAACGACGAUCUCGAUAUCAUCACCGAUAAAUUCAGACACCGUUUGACCAAGGAGGAGAUGAAGGAUCGUCCCAACCUGGUGAUUCUCGGUACUGGAUGGGCCAGUCUUUGUUUGUUGCGUAAGCUCUACACCGAUCGUUACAACGUCACUAUUGUGUCGCCACGAAACUACUUCUUGUUCACUCCGCUGCUGCCAGGAACCACCACUGGUACCACCGAGAGCAGAUCGAUUAUGGAGCCAAUCAGAAAGUAUUGUCGUCGUUCCGAUGCCGACGAUGUCACUUUCAUCGAAGCGGAAUGUCUCCAGGUCGAUCCAGUAAAGAAAACAGUAAAGUGUUACGAUAACUCUGCGGUCAAAGGAGAGGUAUCCGAGUUUGAGUUGCCAUACGACCAACUGGUUAUGGGAGUCGGAGCGGAGAGUGCAACCUUUGGAAUUCCAGGUGUCAAAGAGAACGCCUGUUUCCUCAAGGAGAUCAGUGACACUCGUUCCAUUCGUGAUAGAAUGAUCGAUUGUUUCGAAACUGCCGGCUAUCCAGGUCAACCAGAUGCCGAAAUCGAUAGACUUUUACAUUUCGUAAUUGUUGGUGGUGGUCCAACCGGUGUAGAGUUUUGCGCAGAACUUAAUGAUUUCAUUACCAAUGAUGUAAAGAAAGCUUUUCCAAAACAUUUGACAGAUCGUUGUAGAGUUACAUUAGUAGAAGCACUUCCACAUAUUUUAACUGUUUUCGAUAAGAAUAUUAUUGAUCAUGUCGAAAAGAAAUUACAAAGUUCACCAACAACAAAGAUUUGGACACAAACAGCUGUUACUGGUGUUAAGGAGAGAGAAAUGAUUGUAAGAGACGCCGAGAAGAAAGAGAGAUCCGUCCCAUACGGUAUGUUGGUAUGGGCAACUGGAAAUGCACCACGUCCAGUCACUCAGAAGCUGAUUCAAUCCAUUGGACCAGAAGUACAGAAUGUCCGUCGUGGUUUGGUCGUAGAUGAAUAUUUCCGUGUGAAGGGAGCCGAUGGAAUUUGGGCGAUUGGUGACUGCAGCGUAACACCACUGGCACCAACUGCACAGGUUGCCAGUCAGCAAGGACGUUAUCUCGGUCGUCUGUUCAACGACAUCUCAGAGGAUCUCCAUCAGAAGAAACAAGGACAGAUGAACGAUCAGGAAUUCACUGCAGAUCUCAAGAAGAAACCACUCUUUAAAUAUAGACACAUGGGUACACUCGCAUACGUAGGUGACAAGUCAGCGGUCUUCCAGAUCAAGGACGCCGACAACAAAACCACUACAUCCGAGGGAUUGGCAACCUUUUUGCUUUGGAGAUCUGCUUAUCUUUCAAAAUGUUUGAGCAUUAGAAACAGAGUGUUGGUUGCAUUCGAUUGGACUAAAGCCAGUAUUUUUGGAAGAGAUGUAUCAAGAGGUUAA